CGCCGUCUUAAAGUAAAACCUACCCUUGAAAUGUAUUCACUGAUUAUAAUUAGUUUCAUGCUCUAUUUCGUUCCGAGCCAUCAACAGUUCCCGCGUCUGUGCGUCACGCAGGAGGCCCUGCGCACCAAGGAGUGCUGCCCGGCUUGGGAAGGGGACGACUCGCCCUGUGGAGUCAACUCAGGCCGAGGCCAGUGUGAGGAUGUGGAGGUGCCGGAGCAGCCCGACGGGCCGCAGUACCCUUUCUCCGGGCUGGACGACAGAGAGAAGUGGCCUCUGGUUUUCUACAACCGCACUUGCCAGUGCGCAGGGAACUUCAUGGGUUUCAACUGCGCGGACUGUACGUUUGGCUACUUUGGCGCAGACUGCAGUGAGAGGAGAGAGUCUCUCAGGAGGAACAUCUUCCACCUGUCCAGGUCAGAGAGGAUCAGACUGGUUUCUUACCUGAACUUGGCCAAACAGACAGUCAGCCAGGACUAUGUUGUGGCCACGGCCACGUACGCACAGAUGGAAAACGGCUCCAACCCGAUAUUCGCCGAUGUGUCCGUGUAUGAUGUUUUUGUGUGGAUGCAUUACUACGUGUCCCGCAGCGCGCUCCUGGGGCCGCCGGGAAACGUGUGGACCGACGUGGAUUUUGCGCACUGGGCGCCUGCGUUUCUGCCCUGGCACCGCGUCUACCUGCUGCACUGGGAGCAUGAGAUCAGGAAGCUGACCGGAGACACGAGCUUCACUAUACCAUACUGGGACUGGAGGGACGCGCAGGACUGCGACGUGUGCACAGACGAGCUGAUGGGGGCCCGGAGCCCGCAGGACGCCAAUCUACUCAGUCCUGGAUCAGUCUUCUCGUCCUGGAAGGUCUUGUGUUCCCGAGCAGAGGAGUACAACGAGAGAGGCGUGCUGUGUGACACAACACAAGAAGGACCAGUGCGUCGUAACCCUGGAAACCACAACCGCAAUUUGGCGGAACGAUUACCGACUUCGGAUGACGUGGAGUUCACGCUCAGUCUGACCGACUAUGACACUGGAGCCAUGGACCGCAGCGCUAACAUGAGCUUCAGGAACACUAUGGAAGGAUUCGGGGAUCCUCAGACCGGCUUUGGGAGCAGUUCUCGUCUGGGCAUGCACGCUGCUGUGCACGUAUUCAUGAAUGGCUCGAUGUCGUCGGUGCAGGGCUCGGCAAAUGACCCCAUAUUCAUCCUCCACCAUGCUUAUGUCGACAGCAUUUAUGAGCAGUGGCUCAGGAGGCACAGGCCGUCUCCAUCCCAGUAUCCGGACUCUGACGCUCCUAUCGGGCACAACAGUGAAUAUCACAUGGUGCCCUUCCUGCCCCUGCACAGAAAUCGAGAAUACUUUGUUUCCAGCAAGGACCUUGGAUACGAAUACUCCUCCCUGCUGAAUGCCAACCAGAGACUGGCAGAGUCCAUGCGUCCGUACCUGGAGGAGCUGCAGGACGUGUGGCCCUGGAUGCUGCUCGCAGCGCUUGUAGGCGGGAUUGUAGCAGUGGGAGUCGCUGCUGCCACUCUCGCCGCCAAACACAGACUCCGAGGUUCGCUGUGGCCUAAAAAGAAGACUCGGAAGGACCUUUUUUCAGAAAGACAGCCACUUAUCUUGACCAAAGACAAUGUGGGAGACGACUACCGAAACUACCAAACAUCUAUGUGAUACCAGGAAUGCAUGUUCGAGCCAAAUCUGAACUAAAUCACCCUAAAUAAAAAUUUAAAAGUGCUUAUUAGUGAUAUUUAGGUAAACGUCUCCCUUGUUCGUUAUUGUAGAACCUGAUAAUGUAAUAAAUCCCUGAUAAUGUCAUAACCCCGAUAAUGUAAUAAAACAGGAAGUAAGCCAAUUUCUCUGCAAGCCUUUAACAUAUUUUAACCAAACUUGGUACAUAGAUUCAUGACAUCAUCAUUUGGUGACCUUUGACCUCUGGGGGGAUUUAGCUUAUAGCUCUGCAAGGUUCUCAUUUAUCCAAACCAAACUUGGCAUGUAUGUCCAACUUUGUCCUGUUGGUGGCGCUAGAGCUGUCGAGCUUGUGUUGCUUAUACAGUAUCACCACUUGAACCCAAGUAACGGGUGGUCUGCUGUUAAAUUAUUACAAUAUUGGGGAAUUAUUACAUUAUCAGGACCUGCGAAAUGAAGGAUAACCUGAUAAUGUAAUAACCUCCCGUUAAUGUAAUACUAUUACAUUACUGGUAAAAAGUGUAUUACAUUAUUGGGAAAUGCACUUUAUUACAUUAUCGGGAAGUUAUUACAUUAUCAGGUUUUAUUACAUUUUCAGUGGACUCAAGUGCAAAUUUUUAUUACACUAUCGGGGAUUUAUUACAUUAUCAGGUUCUACAUGCCACCUACUGUUUCAUACGUUGACUAGGCCUACGUAGAACAAGCGGUGUCCACUGUCUCUCCCCGCCGUUGACAUGAGGUUCCACGGCGAACAACGUUAAGCAAGAGACAGCAAAUGACGUGAUGCCUGGAAAAUGCAAAUUCCAAGAUUUCUGGCUCACUUAAGAAAAUUACAAAGACUGGCUUACCCAAGAUACCAAGGACAAUCACUUGUCCCGAUGCAGAACGUGCAGCAAAUCAAUAACAGUGGACGCCAUGGACGAAGCCGCUCGUACAAGUUGUCCUCCCAUCUUUAAACCAUGUCAGCAAAUUCGGUCCUUGAAUCUGAGGGAAUUCGUCCUGGAAAGCCCUUGAAACAUCUUUGUAGGCGAUGUCAACCAAGGUGUGGGAACCCUGCAAAAUAGAUGCCAUGUAUUCUGUAACACAAGUGUUAGGAGUCAAUGAAUCAAUCAUUUAGAAGUGCUGUUCCUGGUUUUAAAAAGUAUGAAUGUCUACAAACAUAUCGCUGUAUAGAGCAGAAGAAAUUGGCUCAACCCAAUUUAAAUUUGAAUUUAAAGUUGUUGUUGUUUUGUUUUUUUUACCAGUGGGAAU